AUGUCCCACCCCCGCCGCAGCGCCAGCCAACCCUCACACCACCUAAGCCAGUACCACCCGCGACCCACACCCACCGUACCAGAAACUAAGACCCUCGAAUGGCACAAGCAAAACUUCUACAACCAACAGCAAGCAUGGCGCAUGCAAACAGCCAUCGAAGCUGCCUCGUCUCCUUCAGGACAGGCAAAUAGGAAGCCGCCACUGGGUCUGAACAAGCCGCCUCCAGUUCGAGGCAUGGUGACGGAUGCUCGGAGGACGCUUCGGGUGGUUAAUGCAGAUAGGACAUCCACACCUACGCCAGACCCUGAGAGUUUGCGGAUUCGAUUAGCGGCGCUCCGAGAUAGCGAUGUCGUGGCCGUCGCUCCCCUUUCGACGCCGAGCAGCGCGGGUAGUAGCAUCUGUCGGACGCCCCUGGCUAAGACGAGCCGCGAAGAGGUAUCUUCUGCCAACUCUGCUGCCGCAGGGCGCCCUGCUCGCUCCCAACCAGGAAGUCCACCUCACGCAAAGACUGCCGCUUCAUCGAUCCCAGGACAAAAUACAGGAGAGCACGCACAUACCUCGCGUUUGCCGAGCGAGGUCGGUAGUCCCGGUUUGCUAGACGUCCCCUUGAGCGUGUACGGCUUUAGAAGCACGCUCCCGGCAGAGCUGCAGCCCAAGGAGCCGCCGCUGCGCUGGGACGAUGAGCCUGCGCCCCAGAUCCCUCCCAUCGCCUCUGAUGCAGCGCGGGAUUUGUACGAGGAUGCAGAGUUGAUGGAGUUCAUGACGGCUAACAAGUCGUACCUUGAGCCAUUCUUGGAGAUGAUGCCCGUGGCCACGACCAUCGUGAAGGGCAAGCUAGAUGAGGUUGUCGAAACGUAG